CCCUUAAGAACGUGAGCCGUCCUCACUCCCAGGGUUCUUCAAUAUUUCCACGGCCGGAGUCGGCGCCAUUUUGAGAUGAACGAACGAAGGGGAGAAAUCCGCAGGCAGCCUCAGAGAAACGGUCACCCGACAGCUGGAGAGACCUAGCCUGGCAAAAGUUCUCUGGGGGAUCUGUGACAUUGUCGCAUCAACCAUCUGUUAGACGAAGUUAGAUAGUGAAACAACUUUCUACAGAGCCAGCAAAGGCUAUCUACUAACCAUUGAAGAAUUGUUUUAUGGUGCUCUUACCUGUUUUGAAUUAGACUCUCUCUUGUGCCAGAAGAAUGUCAUUCGAUGGAGUUCAACAAGAUCAUGGUCGUGGCAUGAAGAAAGACAAUUAUAAUAUUGGAUUCUUUCAGUCUGCAAACACCCAUGCAAAUCUUGGGAGAAUGAACCAAGGUGCACGAAUGGGUGGCUAUCUGAAUUUUGGACGUGGUCAGGCAGUGGGCCUACAAGCUAUGGAACAAAUGCAUCAGAAUAUAAUAUCUUCAGGUAUUGGUCCUUCUCGAUCCAGCAGUGGUUUGACUUCCUUGUUUGAUGUGAGCAGCCGUAAUCAGCCCUCACUUGCCGCUCAGAAACGGAUUGAUGCGGACAAGGCCGGUAAUAUUUUAACAACCUUUGGCCUUUCAUCCAGAGACUUGGAUGAACUGAGCCGCUAUCCUGAAGACCAACUUACCCCCGAAUCCUUGCCAGACAUUCUUUUGCAACUUAAAAGAAAAAGAAAUGAUGUUGGAGCAUCUUUGAAUUACAACAGAGGUGACAUUUCUUCUCGGGAAGAUCGUUCCUUCAGAGCCUCCCGUAGUGAGUGGGAGGAAGAAAGGCGCUUUCGGAAUAAUUUUGAAGGUCGUGAUCCUGAUGCUGAUCCUGUGGUCAAUUAUGACCAUGGUUCUUCUCGAGAGCUGAAUUUUAGAUAUUAUGACAGGAAGGACUAUGAGCCUGAACGAUUACGAGGUGAUGACUUCCGUAGGGAUGAUUUGCAUUUGUCUGACCCAAUGUAUAAAUAUGAUUCUGAUUAUGGAAAAAUGGGGCUGCCUUCUCGUGGCCAAGAAAGGUCCCUUUUUGAAAGAAAACGAGGAUCUCCUUCACUGAGCAACGUAAACGAUUACCAUGGCUUCUUGCCAGGAAUGUUCCCUCACUUGUGUUCGCUGUGUGAUGUAAAUGUUCAUUCUGUAAAGGAGUGGAACCAGCAUAAGAAUGAACCAGCACACAAAAGGCGUUGCUUGCUGCUGUUGGAGAUUUACCCUCAAUGGGUUCCGGAAGGUGUACCAUCUGCAAGGAGCAAUCCUGCUCGACAGUCCAAUUUUGCUCCAGAUGCUGCGUCUGCAAUCCUCGCAGCCAUCAGACAGUUGGAUGCACUGGACCCUCGUGGAGGCAACAGACAAGGUCAAAUCCAGAACAGGCGAAACAUGGCAGUGGAUGAACCUGGCCAAGUACUUCAUAUAACUGAAUUGCCCAAAGGAAAAUGCAAAGUGAAAGACAUUCUCAAACUUGCUCAACCAUUUGGAUCUAUUGCAAAGUAUUUGCUUUUAAAUACAAAGAGCGAGGGGUUUGUACAAAUGACCACAAGUGGACAAGCUCAAGCAGCAGUCGCCUAUUACAGUAUGAAUCCGGCAAUUCUUUAUGGCAAGAAAGUUCGAGUGGAUAUAUCUCUCAAAUACAAAGAGAUAGAUUUGAAGAAACAAAAACAAGAAAGUGGUGGCAGGGUGGCGCUUCUCCAGAACCUUCCUCCCUCUGGGUAUUCGGAUGCUGAUGUUGUGAAAAUGGGCACCAGCUUUGGGAAAGUACUUAAUUACAUUGUGAUGAGACUGAGGAACCAGGCCUUUCUGGAAAUGGAGUCAAGAAAAUGUAUGUUAGAAAUGGUUAAAUGCCACAAGAAAAACCCUCUAAUAUUUCGAGGUAGGAAGAUAACAGUGGAUGCAUCUCAGAAAUACAGAACUCUUGUACUGAAGAAACCAAGCAUUAAGGUUCAAGAAGUGUUGAAGGACCAGGAUAAACCAGAUAGAAGAAGACGACAUUCCCGCAGUCCUUUUAAGAAGAAAGUACCAAGCAAAUCUAGGAGCUCUCCAAAAGCUGAUGGGGAUAAAGGAGAGCAGGCAACCUCAGAGGGUUCACCUUCAAAAGCAAUCAAGAAAGAUAACUCUGAGGGAGAUAGUGAACUAGAAAUCAAAUCUGAAGAAAAAAAGGAAGAUUCACAAGAAGCAAUUGCAGUUGUUGAAAGUGAUGUGGAACUUGAUGAAGGAGGUAUGGUUGAGGGGCUCUGCAUUAGCGAAUCAGAGAAUGAAGCUGAUCAAGAAGAUUUACUGAAGGAAACGGUACAUGAGAUGGAAGGGUCUGACUCAGUGGAACCAGAUUCAAAAACAGACAUGGCAACAAGUGUGCAAAAUGCAUCAGGACCAGCUGAAACGUCUUCUCAAGAUGAAUGCAAAACCGACGGUACUCAAGUGGACUCUGAUAGCUGGUGCGGAUCCACUAUAAAAAAGCGGAAGAGAGGACGCCGUGGUGGUGUAAAAGUUCGUUUAAGGAUGCAACAAAGACUGACCAUGCAGUCUAUGGAGCCGAAGCAAGAAUGCUUUCCUGAAAACAUAGAUGAAUUUGUAACUGUGGAUGAAGUUGGUGAUGUGGAAGCUGGAAAUCUGGAUCUGGAAGAUCUGACACCUUGUGCAGAGAGUAGUAAACUGGAAACUGAUGAAGCCAAUGUAAGCAUUUUAACAGAGAAAUCAGAGGAUACCACUGAGCAAGAAGAAGAGGAUGUAGAGAAACCUAAAGUAAAACAUGGUCAAAAGAGGGGAAAGAGCAUCAAAACUAAAAGAACAGAAAGUGACCAAAAAGAUGGUAGUGAAGAUGGAAAUGAGCUGAUUGACAGUAAGAUGGAAUCAGAUGAAAAGAGUGAAAUGCAGGGAGAGACAAUCUCAACUUGUGCAGAACCGGAAAGCAAGCGUGCUCGAUCACGAUCUCCUACUCCAGAUGAGUAUCAACUUGGACCAUAUCAGCCCAACAACCCUAUAGGACUAGACUAUGUGGUUCCAAAGACUGGAUACUAUUGCACACUCUGCUGCCUCUUUUACACAAAGGAGGAAGUGGCAAAGAAAACCCACUGUAGCAGCCUGCCUCAUUAUCAGAAGCUGAAGAAAACCUUGAACAAGCAAGCUGAAGAUUACCGGAAAUCCAAAAGAGAACAAAGCCCUGAAGUGGAGAUCAAAGAAAUAACUGACCAGUGAUUCUACUUAUGAUAGUCUGUAACACCUAACCUAUUAGCUGCAAAUUCUUUUAGCAUCCUGGUUUUAUUGGUUAUUAUUUUUAAUGUUUAGAUGUCUUAAUUUUGUAAUGUACAGACAUGCAUGAAUAGAUUGGCAGCAGUGAUUUUGUUUGCAGUAACUAUUUAAGUUCUCAGGAAUAGGGACAGUCAACUUUCAAGGGUAUUGAAUUGAUGGAUUUCUAAGAUAUUGUUAGAAUAUCAGUUCUUGAGUUAUCCCAGGAACUGCUUUGGGUCAAGUACCAUAUCUGGGUUACUUUAUUUAAGGAAGUUGGUGAAUUUUGUAAGGUAGUAAUUGGAAAAUAUUUGGCAAAUGUCAAGUUUUAAUGUUGCAGGUAAAAGAAAACAGCUUACCAAGAAUAAGUUACAUGAUUACUGAAAUCUGUAGAAAUAUCUAAUAUUCAUUUGUUGGCCCAUAUUUGUACAAUAAUGAAGCUUGCAUGGCAUUGGUAUUAAAGGGGAAAGAAAGGAUGAAUGUGGUGUUGAUGGUGAGAUUUUUGAGCCAUCAAAAUGGUAGAAAUCCUGAUAAAUUUGUAAAGCAAUAUGCUCUACAGCUGUUAAAGACCAAAAUACAAUUAUAUAUUUCUUUAAUUUGAAUUAAUGUCAAUCUUUUGUUUUUCUGAUGUGGAAGGUAGGGGUUGCUGGAAGUUGAGAAGCUAAUUUCAGUCUUCAAGUUGUAAAAUUUUGGUUCUAGUAAAUUGUUUAUUUACAUCAGUUUAAAAUAAAACCCAUGCAAGUUAACACCAAAAUCAAUCCACGGUUUUGGUUUAUGCAAUGUCUCAUUUAUGCUGCAUUUGCAGAGGGAAUUACUUAUUGACUAACAUAUGAAUCACUUUACAACUUUGACUUUUCAACAAAAUACACAUCUUACAAAACUGAUUUUUAACAAAUUUAUUAAAUUGGUCCACAAGAUAUAGGUGCAGAAUUUGGCCAUGUGGUCCAUCAAAUCUGUUCUGACAUUUGAUAUCAACUGAUUUAUUUUCUCUCUCAGCCCCAUACUCCUGGUUAUCUCUCUAUAACCUUUGACACCCUUACCAAUCAAGAACCUAAUAACCUCUGCUUUAAGACUUGGUCUUUGUCGCCAUUUCCAUCUGGGGAAACAAAUUCAAUCGAUUCACUAUCCUCGUGGCUAAAGAAAUCCCAAAUAACUUAAGGAUGAUUCCUCCAAAGCACAAGCUUUAAUUAUAGUCAACAAAGAUAAAUUGAACUUCUGUCUUGGUAAGAAAUAUUCAGAAACUAGGAACAUUAAUUGUUAAUAUUAGUCUUGAAGAAUCACUACUGUUUGUUUCCAUUAAAACUAAUUUUAAGCUUAUUUUUGUAGGAGUAGUUUGAUUACACAAUUCGGAAUAAAUUGGAUAAAGGAAUUUUGUAUUAAAAUAUUGUUUCUCUUGAAUUACCUGAAAUUGUAUAGUAAUGUAUAGUAUUUGUUUCUGAAUGAUAAAACCAACUUGUAUUAGUUACCAAUGAUCCAUGCAGAUUGUCAAAAAUUGCUACCAAAAUGCAUAUUUACUUGACCCCAGUACUAAAAAAAUUAUCAAAUGCACUCAGAAUUGAAUGUUUCCAAAAAGUCAGUGUCCCUUGAUUUGUCCUGUUGUAAUCUUGUAAACAAGUGAAUUUGAGUAACUUUUUGUAAAAUGUUGUGCAUUUAAACAAAUAUUACUUUAAUUUUAAUAACUCCAGAGUUAAAUGUUAUUCCAUUGCCAGUGUGCUGAUGAUCCUGUUAAAAUUUGUAGGUUUAAUCAAGAGGCAGCAAAGUAUAAAACCUGCUGUUGUGUCAUGUUUGAGUUGAGUAGAAACAAGUAGUUUUGUAAUUCUUCAAAUAAAGCUCCAGGUUUCAAUGAUUGAGUUCAUUAGCUUUUGCUUUUUCUGUUGACAAAGAAACAUAAGUUAGGAUUUUCAGGACAGUUUUAGCUUGGAAUUAGAUUGAUUGAUAUUUGUAACCUAUAAUUCACUCAGUUACUACACAUUAUUUUCUUUUGACUUUCCCAAUACUUGCAUGUUAGACUAUCAUUCCAUUACAAAAUGUCAGUUCUAUUUGCCUGAAUUUUCAGUUUUGCUAAUAAAAUUGAGGUUCCAUAAGCAAUUUCA